GAGAUUUUAUUCAAGGACAGGCUCGAAUUUUUCUACUUUCCCACGGAGGUUAUGUCACUUCCGGGUUCAGUUGCGCAAGAUGGCGGAAAGGCAGCAAAACGGUGAGGAACGGGACGAGGGUUUUGAGAUCUUGGACCUGGCUGAGGCACGAAGACGAGGCUGGCUGAAGGACAUGUUUCCCAAGGACCUUUCCGCCAAGUCUGUCGGCACACAAAUCGCUGUGGGUGGCGUGUCGGGAUGGUGUGCAGGUUACCUGUUCUCGAAGGUGGGGAAGCUGGCGGCCACAGCUGUGGGGGGAGGAUUCCUGCUGCUGCAGAUAGCGAACCACGCAGGUUAUGUGAAGAUUAACUGGAAGAGAGUAGAGAAGGACAUGGAGAAGUACAAGAAGGAGAUCGGGAAACAAGCCGAGAAGGCUUACCCUGACGUCGCACAGAUUUUACAACAGGCUAAGACCUUCAUGCAGGAGAACAUGGUGGUAGCAGGUGGUUUCGCUGGCGGCUUCCUGAUAGGACUGGCUUCAUGAUCACUCUCAGAACAACAAAGAGAAGAAAGACACUUAUAAAACAAAAGAUCUACUUUAACUAAUAGUAAGAUUAAAAGUCUAAUCUGAAAGGAACUUUUUCUUUAGCCUCUACCAGGCUUCGGGAGGCAGCUGGAAAGAGUAGAAAUUGGCCAAAUAGAGAGAUGUUUAAAGUUAAAACUU